CUAUUAUUAAAAGUACCCCCCAAAACAAACACACUGCCCGCACACGUAUGAAUGAUUCAUUUGCUUUUCUUUUUUAUUUCGAAUCAACAAAUAUUAAAAACUGGUUUCCUAUCAUGAUUUCAGUCUAUUAGUUCCUUACAUAAUUAAUUGUACAAUUAUGAAUACCUUUAUACAAUAUUGCUUAAUUGUGCUGUUUAUAAUAACUACCAUUGAAAUAAAAAAUAUUCGAGGUGCAUUCAAAAAGAAACCCCCUACAACAUUUGUUGUUGUGGACAAUUCGUAUGUUGAUCAUAUAAUCAUACAAUGUGAAUUUAAUAGGUAACUAGGACUUCAACAGAGAGAUUCAUGAAACUUGUAAAACAUUGUUUUACCAGUUUCAGCACAUGGAUGGUUCUUUUAGGAUAAUCUAAUGAUUAAUAUCAUUCUCGUUAAAAUGAUAUUUGUAUUUUAAUAAAACAUUUUACAAUCAAAAUGAAUGGGAUUUUCUUCCAAUUUCAGGGCUCCUAGUAACUGUGUUUAUUCUUGAUGGGAGAAUAUAUUCAUAUCUGUAAUAUCAACACAUCUUGAAUCCCUUUUUGUCGGAGAAAAAAAAG